GAGUUGGUUUUUUUGUUGUUUUUUUUUUUCUUUUUUUAAAUACAAAUCUGCAUAUUGACUUUUAAACAAACAAACAAAUCCCCCCCGCACACAAGCCUGCCUCUGGGAGGGAAAUAGCCAGGUGGAAUCUCACUCUGUUUCCAUGGACAACCCGUCCAUUAUCACCCAGGUGACUAACCCCAAAGAGGAGGAGAUCCUGUCCUGCACUCAGGAUAAAGUGUCCCAAUGUAAUAUCAGCUUGAAGAAGCAGAGGAGUCGAAGUAUCUUUAGCACCUUAUUCUGCUGCUUUCGUGACUACAAUGUCGAACCACCAUCUACCAAUAGCACCAGUGCUCUUCCUCCUUUGGUGGAGGAGAAUGGAGGACUUCAGAAGGGUGACCAGAUGCAGGUCAUGCCUAUACCAAGUGGAAUAUACUAUUUCCACGGGACUGAAGCAGUGCAGCAGUCGUUUCACUACAAGCCACCAGCUAAAUACCUCCUGCCAGAACUGACAGCAUCAGACUAUGGGAAGAAGUGUGUGGUCAUUGAUUUAGAUGAAACUUUAGUGCACAGUUCAUUUAAGCCAAUUAGCAAUGCUGAUUUCAUCGUUCCUGUUGAAAUUGAUGGAACCAUACAUCAGGUUUAUGUAUUGAAACGACCACAUGUGGAUGAAUUUCUUCAGAGGAUGGGAGAGCUCUUUGAAUGUGUACUCUUCACAGCCAGUCUAGCCAAGUAUGCAGACCCAGUAGCCGACUUACUGGAUCGCUGGGGUGUGUUCAGGGCAAGGCUCUUUAGAGAAUCCUGUGUUUUCCACCGAGGAAAUUAUGUGAAGGAUCUGAGUCGACUGGGACGUGAGCUGAGUAAAGUUAUUAUAGUAGAUAAUUCUCCUGCAUCUUACAUCUUCCAUCCUGAAAAUGCAGUGCCUGUGCAGUCCUGGUUUGAUGACAUGACAGACACAGAGCUGCUAGAUCUUAUUCCUUUCUUUGAAGGACUAAGCAAAGAGGAAGAAGUUUACAGUAUGCUUCAUAAACUCUGCAACAGGUAGCCCUUAACUUUGACUGACUUCUGCUACUAGAUUGCAGUUGCUAGAGGCUGUCUCCAUCUUUUUCAGCUCUUUCAAAUGUAAGCUUUGGGGAGGUCACCCCUGUCAGAAGUGCUACUCUUGAUCUUCCUGUUACAUUGGACACGAAGGACAAUCAUGAGUGAUGCUAUUAAGCCUUCAGAAGCCUGACUCCUAAGGUCAUGUGUUCAGACUACUUUUUUAAAG